CCACGCGGAGACCCCGCCGGCCAAUCAGCGCGGCGCGGGGGCGGGGAUUUCCCUGUCGGCGCUCCCAGGCAGGGAGCUGGGGACUUCCGGCAAUAAUUCGGCGACACGGCCGCCGCCUGUCAGGAGAACUAUGCCAUUUUUGGGGCAGGACUGGAGAUCUCCUGGAUGGAGUUGGAUUAAAACAGAAGAUGGCUGGAAAAGAUGUGAAUCCUGUAGUCAGGAACUUGAAAGAGAGAAUCAGUAUAACAUCAAUCACAACAUUAUCUUAAAUAGUGAAGAUGAAGAAAUAUUCAAUAAUGAAGAGUGUGAAUAUACAUCCAAAAAAAGGAAAAAGGACCAUUUUGGAAAUGAUACAAAUACUCAAUGUUUUUAUCGUGAGAAAUGGAUCUAUGUCCAUAAAGAAAGCACAAGAGAAAGGCAUGGCUACUGUACCUUGGGAGAAGCUUUUAAUCGCUUAGACUUCUCAAGUGCAAUUCAGGAUAUCCGAAGGUUCAAUUAUGUGGUCAAACUAUUGCAGCUAAUUGCAAAAUCCCAAUUAACUUCAUUGAGUGGUGUGGCACAAAAGAAUUACUUCAGCAUUUUGGAUAAAAUCGUUCAAAAGGUUCUCAGUGACCACCAGAAUCCUCGCCUAAUAAAAGAGCUCCUCCAAGAUCUGAGCUCUACACUUCGCAUCCUUAUUAGAGGAGUGGGGAAGUCUGUACUGGUGGGAAAUAUCAAUAUUUGGAUUUGCCGAUUAGAAACUAUCCUCACCUGGCAACAGCAGCUACAGAAUCUUCAGAUGACUAAGCAAGUGAACAAUGGCCUUACCCUUAGUGAUCUCCCUUUACACAUGCUGAACAACAUAUUAUACAGAUUCUCGGAUGGAUGGGACAUCAUAACUUUAGGUCAGGUGACUCCAACGUUGUAUAUGCUCAGUGAAGACAGACAGUUGUGGAAGAAGCUUUGUCAGUACCAUUUUGCUGAGAAGCAGUUUUGUAGACAUUUGAUCAUUUCAGAGAAAGGUCAUAUCGAAUGGAAGCUGAUGUAUUUUGCGCUUCAGAAAUAUUACCCAACGAAAGAACAAUACGGAGACACGUUACAUUUUUGUCGGCACUGCAGCAUUCUGUUUUGGAAGAUAACUGUUGUGAGUAUAUAAUGGGUAUAUGCCGGGGAGCCAGUGAGGCAAGAAAGCGUCCUUCUGGCUCUCUCUCCGGUUUCCGACGCCUCGGCAGGAAUUGCAUUCUGAAGGCUGAUGGCUUUACACCCAGCAGGCUCUGGAAUGUCUCUGCCAGUCCUCUGUCUGAAGAUAAAGGGAUUUCAGAUUCUUCCCACCCUCUUUGUAAACCUAAGGAAGAAUUCUUCUCACUUACUUCCCCAGAAAGGAGGCCUGGUGGUGUGGUGGUUAAACACUCAGCUGCUGGUCAAAAGGUUGGCAGUUGGAACCCACCCAGCGACUCCGCAGGAGAGAAGACCUGGUGAUAGGCUCCCAUAAAGAUGACAGCCUAGGAAACCCUAUGGGCCAUUCUGCUCUGUCACAUUGGGUCACCAGGAGUCGAAAAUCUGUCUCCACGACACCUUAGAAAACAAAAAAAAAAUCUCCAAACUUGACCUUCAGCCCAGGACCCUGAUAAUUCAACUCUUGAUUUCCUUUAGCCAAGUGGCAGUUUACUGGUUCUCAGAGCUGCUUUUCUCAGCGCAGUUCUUAAAGCAAGGAGGUCAGUGAAGAGUUAAUCUGCUGAUAGGAAGUUCUUCAGGCACAGACUUCAAAAUAAACAUGCCAUUUUCUCAUCUAUUUGAUCCAAACAAGACUGUCAUUACUUAUCUGCAGGUCUCUUCCUUCGGCAAAAAAUUUAAAUUUAGAAGCAUCUUCAGUAUCUAAAGAUUAACUUAGGAAUCCUUCAUCCUGUUACUUUCCUGUUAUUUGCUUUGCUUUUUAUUAUCCAGACCAUUCUCUGAUAAUAACAUAUUUUCCAUCGUCAGAGGUAAACUUACGUAUAGCAUUUCUGUGGUACCGUUUUAUUUUCUUAACAUGUAAAUACUGUUGUACCCUGAAUGCAUCUCCAUGGCUUGCCUUGAGUUUGAAUAUAUUCGAUGUGAGAUUUCACUGGAGGAAAAAAAAGAGGCGAAACUAUGAAAACCUGCCCCCACGGUGGCUGCAGAUCCCCCGUCCGAGAACCUGCAGUUCCUGGCUGCUCCUCAAGGGGGAGCACCGCCUCCCAGACAGGCCACAGCACCAGCCCAAGCACAGCCCCUCCUCCUCCAAACCUCCCACCUUCUGUGAUGUAGGGGGGAAAUAAUGGUCAGCUUGAUAAACACCGUAACUCUUUCCUUAACUUCUUUGCAUUUUGUAUUUACCUACAGUUUAUCAUCAGGUGGAUCAUAACAAUAGCAAGCUCUAGAUUGUUGGAAAAGAGACAACUAUUUUGAAUUUUUUUUGAUUUCAAAUUACGUUUAUAAAAAUUGUGACAUGCUUUAAGUUACAAUCCACGAUCGAGCAGAGAGUGGAAAAGAUUCAUUGUUCUUGUAUUAUUUUAAUAGUUUUAUUUACAGUUUCAAAGGUAAGCAGCAUCAUGAGUAACUACUAAUGCCCCCAUGCAUGAAUGACCUAAGAGAUUUUUAUUCCUAGUUUAUUGUUUUAUAUCAUAGGGUAACUGCCCUCUUUUCUGAAACUAAAAAGGUGGAAGAUAUGUUACAAGUUUUUGCCAGUAGCCCACUUGUGUUGUAGGACAUUGUCCUUCAAGAGCUGGGGCGUUCUCUGCUCCCCUGUAUCCUCACCUUAGUGCCAGGCACAUACUCCUGGGUGUUUAGUAAGUGUCAGCCGAAUGGAUGCAUCAGUAAACCAUCAGUGAGACUACAGAUACACAGAAGAGAGUCCUUUUUUGUUCCCUGCUUUUCAAAGGGCACAAAAAACACAGCAUGGUGGGUAAGUUGUCAACACAUGCAGAUGCUAGUGGAGAGGAAAAAAUAAGACCAAGUGUGUAGGGGUGUCGGGCUGUCACCCUGGCUUUGAUACUUGACCUAGAAGGAACUGUACUAACCUUUCUCUGCGGUUCCUUCUAGGACUAAUAUCCUGUGCUUCUCUUAAAAGCAUUAAUAUUGACUGAAAACACAUGCAGCUAUGUCUUCAAUGGUAUAGUAAGACUAGAUGAGAUGCUAUGAAUUUUUACUUUGAAUUAAUUCUUCUCGGGUUUUAUCUUUCUUUCUGUUAAGACUGUUUUAUACUCUCAAAAUACCAGAAGCAGUGAUACCUUCAUGUGGGCUGUAAAUUAGGGGAAAAUACUAGUCAUGGGAUAGAAGUCUUUCAGUUUUCCAUGUGAUAGUAUUUUUCUUAGAACAAUAUUUAAGACUAUUGGAGUUCUCCCUUUCUGCCAGCUAACUAAGAAACAACAACUCUGUCCUUAAUUUUGGUGUAGUUAAGCAGUAUAAGUAUCCUGAAAUGUGGAAAUUAUGAUUUUUUUUUUAAUUGAGAGAUGAUUCUGGCUUUCCAAAAGAAUUUACCUGCAAAUUCUUUUAUUUAGUGAACCUUCCUAUUAUACUUAAUCAUGUUACCAAAAAAAAAAAAAAAAGUCUGCUUGUAUUUUCAGUUUUGAAAUAUUCAGAAUCUUGUUCUUGGAGGGGUAUAUGAUAUCACACUUCACUGUAGCCACAGGAUUGGCCUCAGUUCAUUUAGGGUCUUUUAAGUCUUCAUCACGUCACAGCUUUUUCUGCCAUACAUCAUUCCAGAAGACAUUGAUUGAAAUCAACUUUAUUGUUGCUGAAUCUCUACAUCAGAGUGUAUAAAAAAAAAAAAA